UCAGCCGGAUAGUUUCGUGAGGAUUUCAUCUGGCUUAGACGCAUAAAACUAUAUAUAUUAGUGAAUUAGUGAUUAAAAUGGAAAUGAAAAACGUUAAGAAAAAAUACAAGCUCGUACCUCCAGAAGGUGGAUGGGGAUAUGCGGUCGCAAUGGGGCAAGUUUUAGCUUUUAUGGCCAUAUUUGUGGUAAUGCACGGUUACGCGUUGAUAUUCAACGAUUUUUUGAUUGAAAUCGGAAUGGGAACGAGCAUUGUUGCUCUUCUAAACAGUUGUUCUGCUGGAGCGACUAGUUUCGCGGGACUCUUUUGUAAUUUACUAACCCAGCGGUUCACCGAACGAAGUGUGGGAGUGGCUGCAGCUAUCGCCUAUUGCUUUGGGAGCUUCAUCAAAAUUUUUGCGGAGACUACUGUGCCGCUUUUUGUUGCCACGAUAAUCCAUGGUGCAGCUAUUGGAAUAAUAUUUCCCAUUGUGUUUUCAUCGUUCAAUCAGUACUUCGUUGAGCGGCGAGCAUUUAUGGCUAGUGCUACCCAAAUUUUCAUUGGGUUGGGAAAAGUUGGCGCCCCCCUUGGGGUACAGUACCUUUUGGAUAACUAUGGUUUUCGAGGGUGUCUAGCGAUUUUAGCAGCCGUUAAUUGCCAUUCCAUUCUCGGAAUGCUGGUUAUGCAUCCAGUCGAAUGGCAUAUGAAAAAGGUUCUAAUUAUUGAUGAAGAAGACGAAAAGGAAAGCACGAAGCCAGGACAUGAAGAAUCACCAAAUGGGAAAUCUGAGGACGACCAGCAAUUGAAACCGUUGAUGGUAGAACAUGAGGAGAAAUCUCAUAUGAAAACAAGUCCUUCACUGAGACCGAGUGCAGCAAAUUCAAGAAGGGACAGUUUAAUCAGUGCUGCCGAGUGGGGCGGUUCGGUUAUUAUUAGUGAAGCUCUGGAACGUGAGGCGAAACAACCAAAGAAAUGGAAAUUUGUUAGAAGCCUUCUUGACUUAACCCUUAUCGAGGAUCCAAUUUAUAUGAACCUGGUAGUUGGGAUAGUCUUUACCUUUUAUUCGGACCUCGCUUUCUCGGCCUUUCAACCGUUAUACUUGUUUGAGAUUGACUACUCGCAGGUUGAAGUUUCACAAGUAAUUGCCGUGGGAACUGCUGCUGACCUAGUGGCCAGAUGUGUAGCAACAGCAAUUAGUGCGGUUAUGGAAAUUCGUUCGAAAUUGUGCUUUUUUUUGGCAGUGGUUUUGAGCCUUGUUGCACGAUGUGCAUUUUUCUACGCAAAUGAUUAUUGGAGUAUGAUCGUUGUAACUGCAGUUAUUGGCUUCCUUAAGACGUGGUUGCUGAUUCCUGUAGGUUUAAUUUUUACUGAGUAUCUACCAACGGAGAGGUUUGCAUCUGGCUACGGACUUUUCAUGUUCCUUCAAGGGAUGUUCUCACUUGGUUUGGGUCCUGUGAUGCAAUUCAUUCGCGACUUCACGUAUUCUUAUAUAUGGGUUUUCCACGCUCUUAACCUUCUCCUAUUAAUAAAUGUGGUUACAUGGAGUUUAGAGUAUAUUUGGGUACGCUAUGUGGGAGGCAAAAAGGACGAAAUAGGAGCAGAAUCAAAGAACGAAGGAUCCAAGUAUAAGCUCGUUCCUCCAGAGGGAGGAUGGGGAUACGUUGUCGCCAUGGGGAAAGUCACAGCUUUCCUAUCCAUGUUUGGGGCAAUGCAUGGCUUCGCGUUGAUAUUUAACGACUUUUUGAAAGUAAUUGGCGUUGGGACUAGCAUUGUCGCUAUCCUGGGUAGCAGUUCGUCUGGUGCAAUGAGUUUUGCAGGACUUUUCUCCAAUCUACUUACCCAGAAAUUUUCAAAGAGAAACAUAGGAGUAGUUGCGGCUAUUGCGUAUUGCAUUGGAAGCUCCUUUCAGAUAUUUGCAAACUCAACCUGGCCGCUUUUUGUUGCGGCGAUAUUGCAUGGGGCGGCACUUGGAGUAAUGUUGCCCAUCGUAUUCUCAACGUUCAAUCAUUACUUUGUUGAGCGGCGAGCAUUUAUAACCAGCGCAACCCAAAUAUUAAUUGGAGUAGGUCAAGUUGGAGCUCCUCUUGGAGUACAAUAUCUUCUAGAAGUUUACGGAUUUCGGGGAUGUCUCGCCAUUCUAACUGCGAUUAAUUUUCAUUCAGUACUUGGAAUGCUAGUAAUGCAUCCUGUUGAAUGGCAUAUGAAAAAGGUUCCCAUUACUGAGGAAGAAAAGGUGGGGAAAAACAGGAAACAGGGGCAAGAGGAGUUACCAAAUGGUAAGUCCAAAUCUGAAGACGUUGAGCAAAUGAAACCUUUGAUGGUUGCGCCCGAGGAUAAACCUUAUACCAAAACGAUUUCAUCAUUGAGAGCGAGUGCUAACCCUUCAAGAAGGGGCAGUUUCGUAAGUGUUGCUGACUGGGCGGGAUCGUUAGUUAUAAGCGAAAUCUUAGAACCGGAAGUGAAACCAUCUAAAAAAUGGACUUUCAUUGGAAAUCUUCUGGAUUUGAAACUUCUCAAGGAUCUGGUUUAUGUUAACCUGGUCGUUGGCAUAGUGUUCACCUUUUAUGCAGAUUUCUCCUUCUCCUCUUUUCAACCGUUAUAUUUAUUCGAAAUAGAUUAUACCCAGGUGGAAGUAUCACAAAUAAUCGCUGUGGGAACUGGUGCUGAUUUAGUGGCAAGGUGUAUACUGACAGCAGUCAGUGCAGUCGUUGUAGUUCCUCCAAAAUUGUGUUUCUUCGUGGCAGUCAUUUUAAGCUUAGUGGCACGGGUUGCAUUUUUCUACAUCGAAGACUUCUGGGGUAUGGUAAUCAUUACCGCAACAAUUGGCUUCCUCAAGACUUGGCUGCAUGUUCCAGUGGGUUUAAUUUUUGCCGAGUAUCUACCAAAGGAGAGGUUUGCAACUGGCUAUGGCCUCUUCAUGUUCCUGCAAGGGAUGUUUACUCUCAGCAUGGGUCCAGUGAUCCGAUAUACUCGAGAGUUCACACGUUCUUACAUAUGGGUCUUCCAUGUCCUGAAUAUGUUUAUGGUUAUAACUUUAAUUGUAUGGAGCGUAGAGUACCUUUGCAGGCGGUUUUGUUGUUCCGUUAAGAGCGAAUCGGGAAGAAAUUCCCCGAAAGGAGCUUAGAUGUCAGCUUAUUUUAGGUCAAUGAAAUUGGUGUAAAAAUUAGGCACUUCUGAAAUAUUGGAAUUGGAGUUUCAGGUCUAGUUUUAA